AUGCCCCUACCACUACCUCCUGCCCCUACACUACCCCUUGCCCUACCACUUUCCUCUGCCCCUACCACCACCCCCUGCCCCUACCACUACCCCCUGCCUACCCACUUCCCCCUGCCCCUACCACUACCCCUGCCCUACCACUACCCCUGUCCCUACUACAUCCCCAUUUGCCCCUACCAUUACCCCUUCCCUACAACUACCACCUGUCCCUACCACUACCCCCUUCCCCAUUUGCCCCUACCAACUUUACCCCUGUCCCCACUACAUCCCAUUACCCCUACCAUUACCCCUUGCCCCUUACCAUUUACACCUGUCCCUACCACUACCCCCUUGUCCCAUUGCCUUACCACUACUCCUCUGUCCCUUUACUACCCAUUGCCCUUACCACUACCCUUGCCCCUACACGACCCAUUGCCCUUACCACUACCCCUGCCCUUACUGCUGCCUACUGCCCCUACCACUAUCCCUGCCCCUAACCACUACCUCUUACCCAUUACCACUUACUCCCUGCCCCUUACCUCUACCCCCUUCCCCACCCUACUACCACCUGUCCCUACCACUACCCCUUCCCCAUUGCCGCCUACCACUACCCUGUCCCACUACAUCCCAUUGCCCCUACCAUCACCCCUUGCCCCUACCACUACCACCUGUCCCUACCACUACCCCCUGUCCCCACUACAUCCCAUUGCCCCUACCAUCACCCCUUGCCCCUACCACUACCCACCUGUCCCUUACCCACUACCCCCUCUCUACCACUACCCCCCUGAUCCCCACUACAUCCCAUGUGCCCCUAGGCCAUCACCCCUACCGCCCUACCACCUACCACCUGUCCCUACCACUACCCCCUGUCCCACUACAUCCAUGCCCUACCAUCACCCCUUGCCCCUACCACUAACCACCUGUCCCCUACCACUACCCCUUGCCACCACCCAUUGGCUACCAACCACUACCCCCUGUCCCCACUACAUCCCAUUGCCCCUACCAUCACCCCUUGCCCCUACCACUACCACCUUCCCCUACCACCUACCCCCCCUGUCCCCACUACACUCCCAUGCCCCUACCAUCACCCCUGCUUGCCCUACCUAUACCACCUGUCCCCUACCACUACCCCCUGUCCCCACUACAUUCCCAUUGCCCCUACCCAUCACCCCUUGCCUCACCACACCACUACCCAACCUGUCCCUUUACCACUACCCUCUCCUGUCCCCACUACAUUCCCAUUUGCCCUACCAUCCACCCCUUGCCCCUACCACCCUCACCCCUAGCUCACCCUCUACACACUAA